AGGAGGAGUUAGAGCUGGCUGUGGGCAGCCUUCCCAGGCAGCCUGCCCAGCUCAGGGCAGAGCAGGUGGAGGGACGAAGGGACGAGGGGAGAUGGAGUGGCUGAGCACGCGCUGCCCGCUGCCGCCCGCCGCCCAGGGCUGCUCCCGGCCCAGCCGGACCACCUUGCUGCUGGUGGUGACUCUGUCCCUGCUGAUGUACCCGGUGCUGAGGAGUCUCGCUCUUCAGCUGCACUCUGCCAUCACUGGUAGCUACAUCUCUGGGACACACUCCAUCGCCUUCAUCAACUGUCUCAACGAGCAGAUUGCCAAGGACAUUGCAAGGGCCAUCAUGGAUAAGAAGCUGGCUGCCUGCGUGAACAUCCUGCCAAAGAGCUCGGCCUUGUAUUUCUGGAAAGGGGAACUGGAAGAAUCCACUGAAAUACUGCUGUUAGUGAAAACAAGGACAUCCAAAAUAGGAGAAUUGUCCAACUAUGUCAGAUCCAUCCAUCCCUUUGAAAUUCCUGAAAUCAUCAGCCUGCCUAUUGACCAAGGAAACCCUCUCUACCUCAAAUGGGUAGAGGAAAGUGUUCCACGGGACUAA